AGAGGGCGGACGAGAGCUCUUCUAGGCCUGACUGGCGGCCGUGCUGCAGCCGGCCCUUGGUUAAUGUGCGACAAAACCAGGGACACCAAGAAGAGACGGUCAGGCCAGGCAGAGGCACGCGAUGCCCUCCAACAAGAAGCAGAGACGUGCUAUCAGCUGAGGCUCCCUGAGGACUUCUACCAGUUCUGGAAGUUUUGUGAGGAACUAGAUCCUGAGAAACCAACUGAUGCACUUGUGUCAAGUGUUGGGCUUACACUGGUUGGACCUUAUGACAUUCUUGCUGGGAAACACAAAAAAGCAAAAUCAACAGAUGUGAACUUCAGUCUUCACUGGAGAUUCUUCUAUGAUCCCCCUGAAUUCCAGACUAUACUUGUUGGGGAUAGCAAAACACAGUAUCACAUGGGAUAUUUCAGGGAUGUGCCAGAUGAGCUUCCAGUGUGGGUUGGUGCAAAUGAAGCAAGGAAGAGCUGUCUGAUUUCACAAGUUGGUGAUAAUGUAUUUGCUGCAGUCAAAAUUAUUUUUGUCAAAAAACUUAAGGAAGUGACUGAUAAAAAGAAAAAUGCUGUUUUGAAAGACAUAGAUGAAAAGCUAACAAGGACAGCAAAAGAAUUGGGUUAUUCUCUGGAACAAAAAACCAUGAAGAUGAAACAGAGAGAUAAGAAAGUGGUGGCCAAAACAUUUCAUGGAGCAGGCCUGGUUGUUCCUGUAGACAAAAAUGAUGUUGGAUACAGAGAGCUUCCUGAAACAAAUGCUAAUCUUAAGAAAAUAUGUAAGGCCAUUGUUGAUGCUCCUACUGAUGAUGAGAGACUGAAGGCGUUUGCACCCAUUCAAGAAAUGCUCACCUACGUUCAGUUUGCUAAUGAUGAAUGUGACUAUGGAAUGGGAUAUGAACUGGGGAUGGACCUUUUCUGCUAUGGCUCACAUUACUUCCACAAGACCGUGGCCCAGCUGCUGCCGCUCGCCUACAGCCUGCUGAAGAGGAACCUCUUCGCCGAGGUGAUCGAGGCGCACCUGGCGGACCGAAGGCAGGAGGGCCUGGACCGCCUGGCGCCCUGAGUCGGGGCAGCACCAGGGCUGUGCUCGUGUUGUGGGGGCUGCUUUAUUCGUUCUGUGCUAUUUUUCCACGUGCGAACGCGUUCUGUGCUGUUAAUAAAGCUUUCUUAAGGAC